UUUCUCCGCGGGCGUAUGGCUGGCUCUAUGUAUGCAUACACAUGGGGUGUCUGGGACCCCACGAGGAGAAAGGCACGUGCAGUGUUUUUGUAUCUGUCGCCACUACGUGUUUACCAAGGAUUUUGUAAAAGAUAUUCGCAAAUAAUGGUGCAAUUAAAUAUAAAUGAAGCUCUAUUAAUACACGAGGAAGGCAGCCCGAAGUUUGAUAUGUUGCUUCGUUACAUUAAUCCUGCUUUAAAUAUUGAUAGACGGUUCAACUUCCACAGAAGUGUAGACGAACCUAUAAGCAGUUUUUUACAAAGGAUAGAUAUGAAUAUAAAAUCUUAUAUAAUAAAAAAAUCUAAACGAAAAAAUAAAAAAGCAGUUAAGUUAGAGGCGAACGUAAUGGAUAAUAUUAAAGAAAAUAAUAUUAAAUUUAUGUUGAAUGAUUGUAUUCUCAACGGUAGUCUUACAUGUCAGACUAUUUUAGAAAAUUCAUCAGAAAUAAAACUAAUUAUCUUUGGUGAGGAGUAUAUUGUGAAGCAUAAUGUACCUUUUGUUACCAAAAUGGAGUUACCAUUAAGCAUUUUAAUUGAUUUUCCAAUUUAUCCUUCAAAGUUUGAAACAAUGAAUGUUAAUAAAUCUUUGUCAACAUUUAAUUGGUAUAAACAUGAAAACAAUCAGUGGGUUCAUGUAGGAGAAGGAUUUUUAUAUAUACCUAAUAAAUCUGAUGUGGGAUGCAAAUUAAAAUUAACAUGUAUACCAAGAAAUACCACACAAAUAGGACCUGUAACAGAAAUUGAGUCCAAUGACAUAGUACAACCUGGUCCAGGCUUAUGUCCUUUCGAUACCAGACAUGCUUUUACUAAAAAUAAAUUGUCAGGUAAAAGUUUCAGGUUAACAUCAUAUAAUAUACUGGCAAAUGUAUAUUCAGAAACUUCUUUAUCAAAAGAUACUUUGUAUCCAUAUUGUCCACAGUAUGCAUUAUCUAUGGAUUAUCGAAAAUUACUAAUUCUCAAAGAACUUAUAGGAUACAAUACUGAUAUAAUAUGCCUUCAAGAAGUAGAUAGUAAAGUUUAUGAAAACGAUUUAAUGUUAUCUCUAAAUGCAUUGAACUAUGAUGGUGUGUUUAAUCUUAAAAAUGAUUUAAGAGAAGGUCUUUGCAUAUUUUAUAAUCAAGAAAGAUUUGAUAAAUUAAAUUCAGAUUACAGUGUUAUUUCUCAAGGUACAGAACUAGAUGAAUUUAAAGAUGUUUGGUCACAAAUUGAAAAUGAAAAUGUAAAACAAGCAUUUCUGAAUAGAAAUACAAUUAUUCAGACGGUAAUACUAAAAUCCAAAGAAAAUCCAGAGAUUUUAGUUAUUGGUAAUACACACUUGUAUUUCCGGCCGGAAGCGGAUCAUAUACGUUUAUUGCAAGCAUAUUAUGGCUUAACGUAUUUACACUCAUUUGCCGGAAAAGUAAAAAAAGAGAAUCCGGAAUGUAACGUUAGCAUCAUAUAUUGUGGCGACUUUAACAGUGUACCAGAAAGUGCAGUAUAUCGGUUAAUGACUCAGAAACAUAUAUUAAAUUACUAUAAUGAUUGGCAUGCCGAUUCUGAUCAACGUAUAAACCUAUCUAUCAAACAUGACGUGAACUUGUCUAGUGCUUGUGGCACUCCAAAAUAUACAAAUUAUACAGGUACCUUCUCUGGCUGUUUAGAUUAUAUAUUUUAUCAAAUGGAUCAUUUAGAAGUUGAACAAGUUAUACCCAUGCCUAGUGAAGAAGAACUUAGUCUAUACACGGGUCUCCCGUCUGUAGUAUCUCCAAGUGAUCAUAUUUCUUUAUGUGUCGAUUUAAAGUGGUCAAAAUAAAGUAUGUACCAUCAGAUUGGUAUUUUUAAAAGUA